GUAUCUGCUUUGAUAGCGAUUGUUAUUGACCGUUAGUAACAAAUAAGCACCACAGAAGCCAUUUUGAAAGCGUUUUGUCAUAUUAUUGUGUUUCAGAGACUGCAGUAGAGUGAGUCAUCAAGCGACGUUCUUAGAAACUGUGUGAGGUUGAAUGAUGCGUGAUUUAUACAAUGCCUUGCCACUCCCCGAUGAUCGCCCAAUUACAGCCGUAUGUGUAGUAGAGGAACUCGCUGGCUGUCCUCCAAAUUAUACUGCGGUAUCGAAGACCCAUGAUCAAGACAUAGAUGCAGAUCUUUACAAAGAUGGUUUCUUUAGGAGAGUCACUCGGUAUCUCUGCCACAGCAAAACGGAAGGCUACAUGGGUUAUGUUGUUGAACACGUUGUCAUUGUUAAUGAUAGAGACUCAAGGCCAGCUGGUUACACAAUUGUCGAGCAAACAAUUGAUACAAGUCAAAAGGCAUUCAAGAAAAAGCAGCUUUGUUAUAAGCAAGUUCCUCGAAAUAUGGCAACUCAGACAAUUACGGAUAUAAUUAUACUAAGUCGAUCGAAAGUAGCACCUGAAGGGUUCUCUUUAGUAGGUGAAAUGAAUGGCCUCUGCAUUUGUAUCAAACCUGGUCCUGCUCCUACACCACAAUACAAUAAGCCAGGUCAAACAUCAUCUUCACUGCCAUAUGGUGUGAAUCCCAAUGGAAGAGGAAGCAUAGGAGGAGGAGGUGGGGGAGGAGGAGGAGGAGGUCUGUAUCCUGGAUUGGGGCCUGCUCGACCAGCACCUGCUCCACCUGGUGGUAGUGUUAUGGGUCCAAGCCCUGCUCCACCAUUACCUCCCCGAAACCCACCAGCAUAUGCUUCUCCAACACAUCCAAGUCAUAGCACCAGUACUUUGUAUGGCCCUGGGCAUUCUGCACUGUUUGGUGUUCCAUUUGUUUUGAAUAAGAAGUAUGUGAAAUCGACCGACUCAAGCUCCGAUACUCUUCCAGCUGUAGUCAAGAAAAGUAAACAACAAAUUGAGGAUGAGUAUUACUACAGUUUUACUCUGGAGCAGGACAUAGUACAGAGACCCACCACCACGUAAAGUGAAUCAACAUUUUCACAUUUUUUCUUAAUUAUAUUUGUUCUUCUUUUAAUGACACAUUAAGUUAUGUUGAUAGAGGUGCCCAGGUAUUUGGUGCAUUUUGGCCCAUUUGUUUUAUGUCCAACUAAUUGGCCCUUAUAAUUUCAGUCUCAAAAUAGCAGGUGUGCCUCUUUUACUGUAUUACAGUAAGGUUUUUAUUUUAGGCGCAGUUUUGCUGUUUCUGUUAAAAGUACCAUUAUUAUUACAAAUACUGUAUUUUAACUAGAAAUACAAUAGUGGUAUAUGUUUGUGAUGUAAUCAACCUCUUAAACCUAUAAGAAUUACAUUCAGAGGCUGGUAUUGUAAAACUAUUGUUUGAGUAUUAGGGCUACAUUCAAGCUUGCAGUUGAGAUAGUAUUCUCUGUGUGGAUAGUUUUCUUAAACUAUCUUUGGUAAUGAUAAUUUUCAUAAUAAAAGACAAGGAAAAGUAUCACAUUCUAGCCAUUGUGAUGUACCCUCUUCCAUUAGAUACCACAUCUAAAAGCGCCUUUUCUAUUUUUAUUGCACGUGUAGCCUUCUUCUUAAGGAGAGCAUCUUGGGGCGUCUUUCCGUAACACUUCAAAGUUUGCAAUAUUUUAUUUGCUUUUUGUACAUCCUUUUUUGGGGGGAUUGUUAAACUGUGCCCUCUCCUGAGUUAAUGAAACCAUGUUGAUCACAGCAUAGGUCUAGUCAGAUCAUAGUUUGUGAUAAUAGACUAUGGUUUUAUACUCAAAUAAUGUUGUGGUUAGGAGGAAAUUAUUUAGAAAUUUCUUGAGGAAAUUUCUGUGCACCAAGUUAAUGCGUAAGUUGACUGUGUGAUGUUAAUUUUAAUGUAUCAUUCAAGAUUAUAGGGAAAGCCAACACAAACCAUAGGGAUAUUUAAUGGUAACAAGAUAUUGUCUUUAUUCUGUGUGGUCACUGGUGUAUCUCAUAACAAUUCAAACUUGAUAAUGAAACUAGGUUAACAGAAAAUGGAAAAUGACUCAUUCUUGAAAACAUUUAAAUUCACAGUUAGGAACAACUGGUUUAUUUCGUCACUUUAGUGAAAAGUCUUAUUUUGCAGUACUAUGUACAUUACGUAUUGAGUAGAACUUUGCUGCAGUGCAUGGUUUACUGUUAACUAAUCCAGUAUUUGAUAUCAUGCUCAGUUGUGGGAGCUACAAAGCUUUGCUCCAAAACAAGAAUUAAUGUAUUGUCUACUGUCAACUAAUCCAGUAUUUGAGAUCAUGCUCAGCUAAGAGAAACUACAAAGUUAUGAUGUUAGUGAAGCACUUUAGAUAUUAGUUAGAAUUUUCUAGCAUCUUGAAGAACCCUGUAGCCUUUGGGAUUUCAUUUAUUAGAUUACCGUUACCUCUUUGUAAGUAUUAGAAAUGGUCUCAAACCAUUGAUCAUUGUUUAAAUGCCAUUCAGUUGUCUUAAUUUGAAGUAGUAGAUAGCUAUAUACUGUAAUUUUCCUUGUUAUAUGCAAAGACUAAGAGAUACUGGAUGUUGUUGUGUGAAGGGGAACUCUGUUGAUUUUGUUUAUUUUUCACAAGAAGUUAUUUCUCUCACUAGAUAGAGGUUUAAUGUAUGAUUAGCAAAGGAGAGCUUAAAGUAUUGUCUGAGACAAAGAAUAGCUUCUGUUAUGCUUAUACAUAUACUACGGGAAAUUAAUUUAAUUUGUAAAUUCUGCAGUACUGCAAUUUGUUUUAAAUUUGCUGGAGUGUCAGGAGUUGAUCAUAUAUUUCACACUAAAUGCAAUUACAGGUGUAUUGAAGAUGUCAUAGUUGUAUAGUAGAUACUUUCAAAUAUGUAAUGGUAUGUUUUACUGAUUAAUGCAAUUGCUGUUUAUCAUUUCAUGAAUUUAUGUAAGCAUUUUUAGUACCUAUACGGAAGAAAACACUUUAUACAGCAUCUUUAAGAGAAAACAGGGUAAAUUGUUUAAUUGUUAAUACAUUUAUGAUGUUAUGACACCUCUACACUCUUCAUACAGAACAUCAAUGGUAUGGUGUGGGAUGACAUUGUUAUUUCUUAGUUUGAUGGUACUGUAAUAAGUUUAUAAAAGAAAAGUGAUGCUCUUUGGACUUGCCUUUAUAAUAUGUUUCUUCCAUUUCUUAUUUGUAAUUGUUAUAGCUUUGAUUUCAUCAUAAUUAUAGUGUAUCCAUGUGAAUGAGAAGCCUUUAGGUUUUACUUAUGCAUAUGCAGCUAGUUUAGACGUAAUUAAAAAAAAAAUCCGAAGACACAUUUCUGUAGCAAAACAUUGGUUAGAAUUGGGUAAAUCUCUUGUAUUGGGACCCUGUCUCACAUGGCCAAUACUCUCAAUCUAUUAUUUACUGAAAGAUAUUAAAGUCUGAUUGGUCUUACAUCUUUAUUUCAUGAUCCUAAGCUUUGUCCGUACUGUUCUUGAAAGCAGUAUUAAUAUUCACUUUGAGUAUUGCUGUUUAAUUUUUUCAUUUAAUGUUCACUUUGAGGAUCGCUGUUGAAGUCUUUGUUUUACUACUGCUCUGACUUGUCAAGAGACCAUACAGAUAUUCAGAUUGCUUGAAAAAGAUAGACAGGACUCCCAAAAAGCAGGAGAAAGUUACAACAAUCACUGGCUGCUAUUGUACAAGUUAAACAUUGGCACUUGAUGUGCCUACCCUUAACAUGUUCUACUAGCAUCAGUGAAAAUAGGAGGUUAACAUCUGUGGAACAUGAUUGUUAGUUGUAAUGUUUAUCUAGCUGGAAUAUUGUAUAAAUGAUUUGAAUGAAUUGUAAUUCUUACAUAUGGUAUAAUGUAUUUGCUUAAAUAUAUCAGAAGGUUUGUGGCAUCAGUUUCAUUAUAAGGCAGUAAAGAUAUGUGGUGAAAUCACAUAGGUAGUUGAAUGGUGGUGCUUUUUGUUCAUUAGAUAAGCAUAUUUACAUUAUAAUAGGGAUUAGUAGCAAUGUUGACAAAUCAGUCAAGAAAAUUUUACACAUUUAUUUUUUUUAUUAUAAUUUUCAUGUAAUUACCAGAUUGCUUUUCAAAUAUUGAGUCAAUGGUCUUUAUUCAAUUUUAAAGAAAAUCGAAGCUUCUUGGUUUCCAAUCUAGUUAUUUUAUUUCAGUAUGAGGUUUAUUUCAUUCCUUUGAGUAAAAAAAUUGCAAUUUGUUAGUGUUGUUUUAGGUCUGUUUUUAAUAUUAAUCACUAAAUGAGGAGAAAGUGAAUCAAUAUUUUACCAUUAGCAUUUUUGGCUUGGUCAUGUCUCGUAUGUUGAUUUUUGGAAGUUAAAUGAAGAAUAAUGAUUAGAUGUAUUUGGGAGAAUGUGUUCUUGGUCUCUGAUAGUUUUGGGAGCCAAGUACACUACUAGUGUACUAGUAGUUUAUUCUGUUUGGAUAAUUAUUUUUUACUUGAGGAUUUAUUUAUUUAAAUUGGACUGACUUCACUGCACAAACUACUUAUUAAUUUAAUUCUUGAUACCUUUUCCAGUUUCCUACACCCCGAGCUCAGGAUACUUGCUCUCUCCUUUUACUUUGUUGAUCCUUUGAGCUAGUGUAAAUGACUAAAGAAGAAUUUUUUUUGCCACAGAACUUCUUGUUUAUCAAUUUGUUGUAUUGGUGUUAAGGGCUUUUGUUGGUGGAUCUUGUUUGACACAGUAACACACAAACUAGUGUUGUGCUGUUCAUCAUUAUGUGAAACCUCAUGGAUAUGGCAUUGAUGGAAAAGGCUAAAGUUAUGUGACCCAUUAAGCAUUCAUAUCUUAGAAAAAAUAAAUGGAAGUUUACAUUGUCCAUAUUCUCGCACGUUCUCAUUCAAAUUUAAAAUUACUGUUAUUUUAACAAGCAAUAUGUAAUAUUCUCCACCUUGAAAAACUUCCAUUGACAUUAGUUAUAAUCUUUUACCGUGUGUAACCUGUGCUUUAUAAUGUUACCAUGUGUAGUCUGUGCUUGCUCUACAAGGUUUCCUAUGAACUUUUAAUUUAGUUAAAGACUCAAAUAGAAUUUUGUAAUUAUAUUUCAUUAGGCUUACUUUACAAGUUUGAAUCCUAAAUUUGCUAUUAUAUCAGCCUAAUCAAGUAUUUUCUUCCUUAUAGUAACCAUCUUCAUAAGACUUUGAAUUUUUGUCUCAAAGAUUCUUUCAUGUUAUGAGAGAGCUCUUGAAUUGUAUGAAACUAAGAAUUUUUAAGAAUUUCAUGAUCAAGUGCAAUACUUUGGAUAUUAUUCAUUGUCAACAUUCAAAAUAGUAGUCCAGCUUUGAUAAAAAUGUCAAUAGUGCUCUUCUAAAUAAUGUAAAGUAGAAUUGAUUUGUCUAAAACCCAAAAACAUUCUCUCAAGUGAAUGCUGCCACUUCUUUACAAAAUCUGUCGUUAGAGUUUAGUUUAAUGACUAUAUCCAUGCUGUGAAGCAUAUAAAGCUUAUUGAUUCAAAUUAUAUUUUCAAAUUCUGCAUGUUAAUUAAGAUACAUUAUUUUUAUUCAAAUUCUGCAUGUUAAUUAAGAUACAUUAUUUUUAUUCAUAAUGUGUAGUACUCCUUACAGAAAGCAUCAAAAGGUAAUUUAUUUGGCUAUCAAACUUUCACUGACUGGACUUGCCACAGGAAAAUGAACUUGAGCAAAUAAAAGAUUGGAAUAAAUUACAGAUCAAAUUUUUAAAAGCUGAUGAUUAUCAGAUAUAAAUACCACAUAUAAAAAUAAUACUAAUACAUGCAAAAGUUUACAUGCACCCAAAAGUAAGAAAAUUAAGAACUAAAGACUGGAUAGCUAUGAUGCCAAGCUUGUGGAACUGCUUAAGAUUUCAAGCUAUGGUCAUCACUCAGGGUCAGGGUGAGACUAAUUUGACCCACGUGUCAAAUAUUACACAAGAUUGGAGGGAGAUGUAAGCAACCCUGAUUAUUCCCAGGAAUGUGCCAUUGUAUUGGAUGGAGUUGAUAAAUUAGUCCCCUGUUCCUUACUAAGUAAACAAAGCACUAAAUUUGAAGAAUUUGUUCAGAUAUUCCUUAGAACUAAUAAAAACACCAUGUGAAAAGAUUUUUUGACACCAUACAUAUAGAAUUAGUGUAUGUUUAAAUAAAAUAAUUACAAGAAUACAAACUGCAAAUUUAUCAGUACAAAUACAUAUGUAAUUGUAAUUACACCAAGACCAUAUCAGACUUAUUUGCAACAUUGAAGAUAGGCAAAGAAACAUGUUGCCAAGUACUAUUUGUUUCAAUGAAAUGUCAUAAAUUUGGUUAAAUGAAUUAUCCUUGCAGUGUAAUUCAUCAAGGUCUACAACAUAUGUUUCAUGAAAAUUAAUAAUUAAUUACUAAACACACUGCUAAGAGUUAAGGAAUACUAACAUUCAAUCAAGUUAUCAUUGACAAAAAUACUUGUUAUACCUUUGUUACUAUUCUGCAGUCAUUUACCAUUUAUCCUUCCCCUUUUAGAAACACCUUAAUGUUUUUUGUGCAAUCAAAUUAAUUUAGAUUUGUAAUCUAAUGAAAUACAGUGAUGUUUAUUUAUUGCUUUCAGCUUUCAAUAUAUUGAUGUACAUUUACAGUAUUAGACCGAGCAUGUAUUAAUGCCAGUCUCUGGCCUUUGUUUGUAAAGAUUUAGUUGAAAGAGGAAAAACUUUGGAAUGGUGAAUAGUUGCAACACUGUGUGUCUGCUUAAAUGCAGCAGCUUUACUGAACUGUGUGUGGGUUUUAAUAGUUCCCAUCCUUUUUAUAAUUGUGAAGCUUUUAAGUUUCCUUUGAUUUUAUAUCCACGAGUAAAGUAAUGGUACAAAAUAAACAGAGCAGCAAAGCUUCUUUUAUAUUUCUUUUCUCUUUCAAACUAAGCUUUUGCAUUAUGUGUCCAUCUUAUGAUCAUGAAUAUUUUGUAUCUAGUAUUGUUGUAUAAUCACUGUAUUAUUUACCCUUCUUUUCAAGGUGGCCUCACUACUGGAGAGGUUCCAACUGCCAUUAAUUCUCUUUAGCUUUGAUGUAGCUAUAGAAACAAGUACUGUACUCAAUGUAUUUUAUUUCAUAACUUUGGAUAAUCUUCAGAGCUUUAGGGAUUUCAUCCUGUGGCUUGAAAGUGAUGUUGUUAGUCUCAGAAUGGGAGUGAAGUGGAUGGUCUUGUACAUAGUAUGAAUGAUUCUGGUUCUUAUGUCAGUUCCUAGAAUAAAACUAUAUUGUUAGGUAAAUAAACCUGCAACAUUAGGACGUAGUAAUUACUAACAUAGCCCAAUACAACACACAUUACCACCACAUAUAUCUGGAUAUGAAGGAAAAGUUUGUGUGCCAAAUAAAGCCAUACCCUUUCUUUGCUUGAAACAUUUAGUACAUAUUGUUCUUGUAGCAUGGACUUAUGUUGAAUUUUGCUUGUCAUUUUCCGUUUCAGUAUGAAAGUAGUCAAGGCAUUUUGAGAUAAAAACUUGUUCAAAGCAGGCCUUUGCACAAUCUUCAUUAUACAGUUCAGAAAGGUAUUUUGCUAGUAAAUAGUAUACAUUUCUGAUAAAUGCUUGACCUCAAAACAAGAUAGGUCAAUUUUUCCCAUAUCUGAAGAAAGGAGGACUCGUUAGACAAGUGAUCAUAGUGCAAAUUUACCAUUGAUAGAGUAGUAGUUCAUGAUUUUCGAUAAAAUUUUUUCCCCCUCAGUUUGUAUAAUUGUCGUGGGUAACGUUAUAGUAUUUGAAAAAUAUUUGGAAGAUAGUUUACCAUUUAAUAACUAAUCAGGACUUGAAAUUUUAUUGUAAUGAUGGGUAUUUAAAUAUUUAUGACAUGAACAAAAGUCAAGGUAUCUGUGAAUUUUGAAUAUAAAAGAAACUGGAAAAUAAAAAUUUUUACAUGAAAAGGACAAAGUAACUGUUACCUUUCAUUUUUGUACUAAUUGUAACAUAACUGCUUGUGAUUACAACUGGACUAUGUAGGAUUUAUGGGAAGAUGUGCCAUUAUCGAGAACUAGUCAACAUGGUUAAAGCAGCAAAAAAUCAAAUACCUUAUCAUUGUGAAUAGUGUAGCUUUUGCAUAGGCCAGUAUUAAGAUCUACAAUAGCAUUUUAGCAAGGAAGGGAGGAAGUUGGCCAAAAAUGGCAAGAUGGCAUGAACAUGUUAGAAAAUAAUUUGAAAUGCUGAAGUACAUGGAUUGUACUGUAUAUUAUUCUCCAAACAGUUAUAUAUAUAUUAUAUGGGAGUUGAAUUAAUGUACAUGUGUACUGUACCUUUCAUUAUAUCUACAAAAUGUUUUGCCAUGAUUCAUUCACUUUUGAUGCUCAAUAGUGAUGGACAAAUUCAAGUAGCUUUGCUUCGAUGGGUUAGUAAAGAAUAAAAAGUUUCCAUAAGCCUCUGAAGAGCUAGCUAUAUGUGUACUUGAUUCAUCUUUGACGUAAAUGGGACCUGGGGCUGUUAUUCUCUGUACCUUGGGAUGUUCAAACAAAUUUAACACUGGAAUAUGUUAUGCAAUCAUAAAUGUUGCAAUUAUUUUGUUGCCAUAUAGUACGGCAUUAAUAGUAAAUAGUUUAUUGUAAUGAUUGAUAAUACUGUAUACUCAUUAAGUUGUUGGAUUUGCAUGUCAUCAGUUCUGUAUAUGAAAAUUGUAUUUAAUUUUUCUAUGACAUAUUCAUUAACCUCUGGAAAGCUGAUGUACAAUACUUUUCAUUAAGGGUAGAUAUUUGUAAAAUAGUGUAAAUACUUUAUAGAAAUCUUUUUAAACUGAACUAGUUGGAUUUUGUGAUGCUCGAUCAUACCCUUAAUUAGACUGAUAAUAGUAAUGGCAAAUAAUACUUCAUUGCUAUAAAGUUGAGACUUAUUGAGCAGUCAUGAAAUAAAUUAUUACUGAUA